AUGAGCGGAGUCGACGGCGAUGGAGUCAUUUUUACAACUCGAUACUGCGGAUGCUGCUCAGAAGUGGGUCACAAAACCGACUCCGAUAUUCAAGCAAUAUCUGUGGGACCAGGAUGCGAUGAAGUCGGCACGAUUGCCCAUGAAAUUGGCCACGCGCUCGGCUUUUACCACGAAAUGUCUAGACCUGAUAGAGACACAGCCGUCAGAAUCCUAUGGGAAAACAUUCACCCAGAUAAUAGGAAGAACUUCAAAAUCGAGGAGGAAAUUGAAUCGUUUGGUUUACCUUACGACCCUUACAGUAUCAUGCACUACGGUGUCUACGAUUUUACAUGGAAUAGCUUGCCCGUGAUGGAAUUUCUGCCCGAGUUGAUGAUUGACAAAGAUGAGUUUUUGAAAGACAAAAUAGAAUAUCAAUGCCUUAGCUCGGCAAGCUGUGUAUAA